GCAGGUGGGGCUAAAAAAUGCAGAGACGAAAAAAAAUAAAUGCACAUCGAAAUGCAUAGGUUGGAGGAUAAUAGGGAUUGUAAGGAGGAAGUAGAUACAUAAAUAGGAUGCAGCCCAUGCUGAUAAUGAAUAGAGUAAACAGCCUUGAUUGUUGCUGUGUUAAGGGUCGGGACUUCACCAUGCAUCGAGUUGAAGGGUGCUAUUAAAUGCAGCUGAUGCCAUGUCAUCAAGUAAGCUCUUCACAUGCCGGUUAGCUGAUACCAGUUGAUGCUUUGCUGGCAUGGGGAAACUGCAAAGCAAACAGAAACACAACAUAUCUCGAUACAGGAUUGAUAGAGGUGAGAACUACUAUUCCACCACUCAAACCCUGCAGCAGUACAGUCCUGCACACACUGAUGCUGUGACAUCUCUAGCCUCCCUCUCAACUGAACGAUGUGUGUCCGGUGGAAAUGACAAGAUUGUAGUCAUAUAUAACUGGAAAUCUGGUGGCGUGCAGCAGAAAUUUGUUGGCCAUGAACAUGCUGUCACCAAGGUAACCUGCAACUUUCAGUCAAGUAGAAUCUUCAGCGCUUCACGUGAUAAAACUGCUCUGAUGUGGGAUGUGGAUUGUAAAACUGGACCGCUGCAGGAGUUUACUGGCCAUGCACUGGGGGUAUCAGGCCUAGCUGUGAGCCCAGGUGGCUUGCAACUGUGUACAGGAUCUCGAGAUAACUCCAUGUGUAUCUGGGAUGUGGAAACCGGAAUCUGUCUACUGAAAUCUGCUAUUUCCAGGAAUCUGGUGACACAUAUCUGCUGGAUUCCUACAGAGUCACUUGUCAUUCAGACUUCAGAGGACAAGAUGGUCAGGAUCUGGGAUAUUCGUGAGCUCCAGGUGACCCACACCUUCCCCAUGAAGCAGUACAUUCAGACACACUGUGACGCCAGUCCUGAUGGACGAUAUUGCAUCUCCUGUAGCAACGGUUUUGGAGGCGAGGGCUGUGAGGCCACGCUAUGGGAUUUAAGGCAGGCAAAACAUAAAGUAUGUGAAUAUAGGGGACACCUACAGACUACUGCAGCCUGCAUCUUUCUUCCAAGUGUGAACUCUUCAUUCCCUUUGGUGGCCACCUCUGCACAUGACUGUACUGUGAGGAUCUGGAACCGUGACAGUGCAGUCUGUAUAGGGUCCCUUUGCCUGGACGGUGCUGGACCUCUCACAUCAUUAGUCUCCGGUGAUCGUGCCAGUCUCCUGUGUGGCAGCUUUAAUACAGGAAUUCAUCACCUCCAAUUGGACCAUUCAGACGGCUGCAGCCUGAGUGAGGUGGCUAGAUUCUGAACAGGUGAACAAGUGGGAGUUGCAACAGCAUUGCAGAGGAGCUGGGCAUGGUUUGUGGGAGGUCCCCAACAGUCGAUCACAUGAGCUGAGCUGCGCAGCAAGCUUAAGGCAGAUACUUGUAGAGUGGGAAGCAAACAGUUCAAAGAGUAGUGGCCUCUGUUACCGCCCCUUCCUCUUAUGAAUUAUGUCCAUAUGCAAUGAGAUCCACAGAAUGUGGAUUCUGUCAAUGUAGUUCAGAUUAAUUGACUGCAUUGUAUUGAAUCAGUAUGCAUUGUUGUAGAUUUUUAUUAUUUAACUGUUGAAUAACUGAAUUUUAGACAUAAUAAUGUUUUCAACCUCAGACGCGGUAACAUUCUAUUUAUGAAGUUUAGCGAUAAGGCUUUAGUACCAGAAGACAUUCCAAGGAACAGGAGAUGAUAAGGUGAAGUUCAAACCUCUCUGAAGCUCAUUAUUGUUAUUUGCAAACUUCCAACUUUCCAUGAGGUAAUGUCAUUUUUGCAGACUCCUGACUCCAUUACCACUGUGAUGUUAUUACUAAUGUAUCUGACACGUUAUAUAAAGUUGUAUUGUGACACAACCCAUUUGAUUAGAGCCCUUGCUGAAGGAGAAAUGCACUGGGAUCUCAAGCAAUAGCUUUCACAGUUCUUUUAGUGAGUUCUGUACAUUCGUGCUAAUAGCAAAGGGGGGUAAGCAGCAAAAUUCCAGCUAUGCAAAAUACCCUGCUGAGAGCUGAUUGACUCAGUGGGAUAAAUGGCUUCCUACUGUGCUUAGCAAUCUGAUCAUUAUUCUGUCCUAUUCUGGAUUUGAAUCCUGUACAGCUAUGCUGCAAUUUAGCUACAAAACGCCACUAAAGCAGGAAUCGAUAAAUAUGAAAUCAGCACUAAAGUAAAUAAUUAGUACUAAUAUCUUUCUAUAUUACUUGUAUGGGACACAUCCUCUAUGAAUUGUAGUGUAGAACGCCUUUAUAUGAUAUGUAGGAUACUUGUUGGGUUAUAGUUCUGGAAUAUCAUUGUGGUACACCUGUUUAAUUAGCAGGCACCAAAGUAAAUUUUGCUUCCUGUAACACUAGAAAAUGCUUAUUUGGAAGAAAGAUGUAAAUAACUGUUUUGAAGAAUAUAGAAAAAGAGGAUAUCAUCUGUUUAAAUAUUUAAUUUGUGUAAAUGCUACUGCUAAUGUAGCUUUUGAAUGAGUACAUAUGAACAAUCUCAUGAAAUAUGAAUCUUGUUUUUUCCUACCUCUGUAAUAAAAUCAGACC